AUGGUCUUGUGGAGUAUCGUCGCCAGUUGUCAGUUCUGGUUAAGCGGACGAGAGUCGUUUCUUGCUUGCCGAGCGCUUUUGGGUUUACUGCAAGGCGGCUUUAUCCCCGAUGUUAUUCUCUAUCUUUCCUAUUUCUACAAGCAUCACGAGCUCUCCCUGAGGCUUGGGUUCUUCUGGACUGCCAUGAGCAUUGCAGAUAUCUUGUCAGCGAUUCUUGCGUAUGGAAUCCUCCACAUGCGCGGCCUUGAAGGACACGCUGGAUGGAGAUGGCUUUUUCUCGUUGAAGGACUUUUGACGUUGGUGAUCGGCGUCUUUGGAUUUCUUCUUAUGCCAGCCGGGCCUUGUCAGACGGCAAGUUGGUUUCGUGGCAAAAAUGGCUGGUUUACAGAAAGGCAAGCCCCAGAUUCCGCAGAUACGGUCGUUAAACGCUUGCUGACGGAAGAAACCAUCAUGGUCAACAGAGUACUCCGCGAAGACCCCAGCAAAAGCAGCAUGCACAACCGCGAGCCCAUCACUCCACGACUCCUUUGGGACAGUCUCAAGGACUACGAUCUGUGGCCUUUAUACAUUCUGGGCUUAACAUUCCAGAUCCCCAUGACGCCACCAUCUCAGUACCUGACUCUGACACUGCGUAAUUUGGGCUUCGACACUUUCCAAGCAAACCUGCUUGCAAUUCCGUAUACUGUUGGCCACAUGGUCACAAUGCUUGCUAUCACGUAUCUUGGUGAAAUCAUUGGCGAACUCACUCUUGUAUCCAUGUCUGGUCAGGUUUGGGCAUUGCCUUUCUUGAUUUAUCUGAACGUUGUCAACACCUCGGAGGUGAACAGAUGGAUCCUGUAUUCCGUCAUCACUCUUCUUCUCAUGUAUCCUAAUGAUGAUGCACCACUGUACAAACGAGGUAACCGCUCUCUCCUUGGGAUACUUUACUAUAUCUACCGCAACAAGAAGCGUGACAGGACCUGGGAAGGCAUGUCAGAAGCCCAGAGACUUGCCUAUCUGGAGACAACUAAAGAUGAGGGCAACAAGCGUUUGGACUUUCGAUUUAGUCACUGA